AUGGAGCCCGCCGGCCUGGAAAAGAUCCUGCGGGAGCUGCUGCUGCCGGACACCGAGCGCAUCCGCCGGGCCACCGAGCAGCUCCAGACCGCUCUUCGAGACCCCGCCGCCCUGCCCGCGCUCUGCGACCUUUUGGCCUCAGCGGGCGACCCUCAGAUCCGCCAGUUCGCGGCUGUGCUGACCCGCAGACGACUGAGCACCUGCUGGCGGCGGCUGGCGGCGGAGCAACGGGAGAGCAUCAAGUCCCUGGUCCUGACGGUCCUCCAGGGAGAGACAGAGCAUUCUGUGAGACUUAGCCUGGCCCAGCUCUCAGCCACCAUUUUUCGAAAGGAAGGCCUGGAGGCCUGGCCUCAGCUCAUGCAGCUUCUUCAGCACAGUACACACAGCCCCCACAUCCCAGAGAGAGAGAUGGGGCUUUUGCUGCUAAGUGUGCUGGUGACCUCCCGGCCCGAGGCCUUCCGACCACACCACCGGGAGCUUCUUCGGCUUCUGAAUGAGACCCUUGGUGAGGUGGGCUCUCCUGGGCUCCUCUUUUAUUCCCUGCGCACCCUGACCACCAUGGCCCCUUACCUCGGCACUGACGAUGUGCCUCUUGCUCGAAUGUUGGUGCCUAAGCUCAUCGUGGCUGUGCAGAGUCUGAUCCCUGUAGAUGAGGCAAAGGCUUGUGAGGCCGUGGAGGCCCUGGAUGAAUUGCUGGAGUCAGAGGUGCCUAUCAUCACCUCCCACCUGUCAGAGGUCCUCACAUUCUGCCUGGAGGUGGCUAGAAACGUGGCCCUGAGCGAUGCAGUACGUGUGCGUAUUCUCUGCUGCCUCACUUUCUUGGUUAAAGUCAAGAGCAAGGCCUUACUGAAAAAUCGUCUCCUGCCACCCUUGCUGCACACCCUCUUCCCCAUUAUGGCUGCCGAGCCCCCACUGGGCCAGCUGGAUCCUGAGGACCAGGAUUCGGAGGAGGAAGAGCUGGAGAUUGGGCUGGUGGGGGAGACACCCAAGCACUUUGCUGUACAGGUCGUGGACAUGUUGGCACUCCAUUUGCCCCCUGAGAAGCUCUGUCCCCUGCUGAUGCCCAUGCUGGAAGAGGCCUUGAGGAGUGAGAGCCCCUACCAACGAAAGGCUGGCCUCCUGGUGCUGGCGGUGCUGUCUGAUGGAGCUGGUGACCACAUCAGACAGAGGCUGCUGCCCCCACUGCUGCAGGUUGUGUGCAAGAGCCUGGAGGAUCCGUCGCAAGUUGUACGCAAUGCUGCACUGUUCGCUCUGGGCCAGUUCUCAGAGAACCUACAGCCCCACAUCAGCAGCUACUCCGGUGAGGUGAUGCCACUGCUCCUCGCCUACCUGAGGUCAGUGCCUCCCGGGCACACGCACCACCUGGCCAAGGCCUGCUAUGCCCUAGAGAAUUUCGUGGAGAAUCUAGGACCUAAAGUGCAGCCCUACCUUCCGGAGCUCAUGGAGUGUAUGCUGCAGCCUCUAAGGGAACCCAGCAGCUCUCGGGCCAAGGAGCUGGCUGUGAGCGCCCUGGGGGCCAUUGCCACAGCUGCCCAGGGCUCCAUGCUGCCCUACUUCCCCACCAUUUUGGAGCACCUGCGGGAGUUCCUGCUGACAGGCCACGAGGACCUUCAGCCUGUGCGGAUCCAGAGCUUGGAGACGCUUGGGGUGCUGGCGCGAACAGUGGGGGAGCCCAUGAGGCCCCUGGCUGAGGAAUGCUGCCAGCUGGGGCUGGGCCUGUGCGACCAGGUAGACGACCCUGACUUGCGGCGGUGCACGUACAGCCUGUUUGCAGCCUUAUCGGGGCUGAUGGGUGAGAGCCUGGCGCCCCACCUGCCACAAAUCACCGCACUCAUGCUGUCGUCACUGCGUUCCACUGAGGGCGUUGUGCCUCAGUAUGAUGGAAGCAGCGCCUUCCUCCUGUUUGACGACGAGAGCGAUGGGGAGGAAGAGGAGGAGCUCAUGGACGAGGAUGAGGAGGAGGAGGAGGACUCAGAGAUCUCAGGGUAUAGCGUGGAAAAUGCCUUCUUCGAUGAGAAGGAAGACACCUGUGCUGCCUUGGGAGAGAUCUCUGUGAACGCCAGUGUGGCCUUCCUUCCCUACAUGGAGACUGUCUUUGAAGAAGUGUUUAGACUAUUGGAGUGCCCUCACCUGAAUGUGCGGAAGGCAGCCCAUGAGGCCCUGGGUCAGUUCUGCUGUGCGCUGUACAAAGCCUGUCAAAGCUGCCCCUCGGAACCCAACACUGCUGCUCUGCAGGCCGCCCUGGCCCGGGUGGUGCCGUCCUACCUGCAGGCAGUGCACGGGGAGCGGGAGCGCCAGGUGGUGAUGGCCGUUCUGGAGGCCCUGACGGUGGUGCUGCGUGGCUGUGGGAGCCUCACGCUGCAGCCCCCUGGGCGUCUGGCUGAGCUCUGCAGUGUGCUCAAGGCUGUGCUGCAGAGGAAGACAGCCUGUCAGGACACCGAUGAGGAAGACGAGGAAGACCAGGCUGAAUAUGAUGCCAUGUUGCUCGAGCACGCUGGUGAGGCCAUCCCCGCACUGGCAGCUGCAGCGGGGGGAGAUGCCUUUGCCCCUUUCUUUGCCGGCUUCCUGCCAUUAUUGCUCUGCAAGAUGAAACAGGGCUGCACAGUAGCUGAGAAGUCCUUUGCAGUGGGGAUGCUGGCGGAGUCCAUUCAGAGCCUGGGUGCUGCCUCGGCUCAGUUUGUGUCCCGACUGCUUCCUGUGCUGUUGAGCAGCGCCCGGGAGGCAGACCCCGAAGUGCGGAGCAAUGCCAUCUUUGGGCUGGGUGUGCUGGUGGAGCACGGAGGCCGCCCCGCCCAGGAACACUUCCCCAAGCUGCUGGGGCUCCUGCUGCCCCUCCUGGCGCGGGAGCGCCAUGAUCGUGUCCGUGACAACAUCUGUGGGGCACUCGCCCGCCUGCUGAUGGCCAGUCCCACAAGGAAACCAGAGCCCCAGGUGCUGGCUGCCCUGUUGCACGCCCUGCCACUGAAGGAGGACUUGGAGGAGUGGGUCACUAUAGGGCACCUCUUCAGCUUCCUGUACCAGAGCAGCCCUGACCAGGUUGUAGAUGUGGCUCCCGAGCUCUUGCGCAUUUACAGCCUCAUUCUGGCCGAGAACAAGAUCCCACCAGACACCAAGGCGGCACUGCUGCUUCUCCUGACGUUCUUGGCCAAACAGCACACCGACAGCUUCCAUUCGGCACUGGGUUCCCUGCCUGGCGACAAGGCCCAGGAGCUCCAGGCCGUCCUGGGCCUCACCUAGACUACGGGCUGCAGCUGGGCCAGAGAGGACAGAGCCCACCCAGGCCCAGCUCUCAGCCCAGCUCCAGCUCAUGCCUUACCAAAGAUUCUAAGCCUGGGCCUCCUACCCACUUGGAGUCUCAGCCCUAUUCACUGCCUUGUGCUGUGGGACAAUACAGUGUCACGACACCAGACUGUAAUAAAGGCAGUUUAUUUUCUGCUUGAA